AUGAUGUCCCGCAACGGAGUUUGGUGUUUCGUUUCGUUUCAAUGUAUAUUUGUAUUUUUGGCCAUAACCCUGUCCACUUCUAUUUGCAACAAUGUUCCGACAUACAUUCCCGGAACCGAGCAGACCAAGUUGGAACUAGUUCGAGAGGUCGUUGAGUUGACCGUCCCGGUGGCGCUGAAGCCGAACGACAUCAACGAUUAUCGCGAAAUCGUCCUGCAGCCGUACUCGAACACCCGUAUCCACCUGGCAAACUAUACGAAAAAUGCCGCCCAAAACAUCGGCUACGCAAUAGUACAGUUGAAUGCGUUCGAGUACAAUGUUACGCUCAGCUACAACAGUUCCAUCGUGGACGGAGGACAUCUUACCGGACAGAAUGUCGGUCUGCUGAUGUACGGUGAUGGUGACCUGUACGCGUUUAACCUGCAUCCUCAUCAAGCAGUGUGGGCAUCGUUGGUGCUGAUGCUGUAUAACACUUCCGCACCGAUUCCGGGCGGUUGCAAUCUGGAGUUCCCGGUCGAAAUAUCGCCCAUUCUUAAUUUGACACUUACGCCGGAAAUUGUCAUCGUCGAUACGCCUGCAGCCUCGGUUGCCAAACCAUUCCAGGGAUCACCGAAUGGGUGUGGAAAGGCCCGAUUGGAAUAUGAAUCGUACUAUUACAUUAUGCCUGUGCACGAUUUCUCCCAAAGGUCUUAUUUUUCCGCAAUUAAUCAGCUCUUAAGCUACACGUCGGCAAAGCUGUCGGGACACCAGAAUACCUUGCACGCACCACUGUUACCGAACAGGCACAAAUACGGUCGCAUUACCGGCCGGGGGAUGGUGUUUGUAACUGCGGUCAUUGAUCCCGUACACAGAGGAUUUGCACUGUAUGUUCCAGCACACACAUACUCGUGCAAACCGUUCCUUAAUCUCGCCGGAUGUUAUGGUUUAAAUAUCCCGCUACGUUUGUUUGCCAUUAUACUGACCUUUUUAGCGGUGCUGGAAGUGAUCAUGGGAUGGUUACCGCUCGUCGUCAAAUGUCUCGGUACGGGGUGUGCGAUAGGACUGUUGGCCACAGUGGAGAUUUUAAACUUCCUUGAUAAACCAUUAGCACAGGAAUGGAUUGCACUGUAUCUCGUUGGAGGAGCUAUUGUAGGAGCUCUAGUUGGGCUUAUGCUGGGAUUAUUUGCACCCGUAGCUGGCAGGAUAUCCUGCUCGUUUUUGACCGGCUACCUCAUCUGCUUGACCCUGUUCGGUAUGAUAAAUGGAAACAUUUACACCUUACCGAAUGUUUCGUGGUACAUCGCGUUGGGAGGUUUGCUAGUCGGCGCCAUCCUGAGUGUGGCCCUUCCCAUCAUACUGAUAACGCGUUCUUUCAUUUUUGGAACCAUUUGCAUUUUCUACGGAGUAAAUGCCAUCGUCGGUGCACGGUUGGAUUAUCCCUUGCAUCACUUCGUACGCCGAUUGUACGUGGAAAACUACGAACGUGUGUACGCGUACCCGGCCCUGGAUGAGAAUGAUUUUGUUGCAUUUGCGGCAUUUACCAUCACGAUGGCGGUGACACUGUUCCUGCGCUCCCGGUAUCAGCCGGACGAGGUACAGGACGAUUACUCGCGUAUCGUAUUUCCCUGUCAGGGGCGUCCUGCGAAUGGUGAUGACGAGGAUCGCAUUGAAAGAAGUACGGUAAUUGCGGCAGACGAUACAGCCGCUUAUCAGCGUUUCGUAAACGAGCAGCCAAUCAUUACACGGUGGACAAAUGGUGAUGAUGAUGUGUUUGAAUCUCCCGAAAGCAAUUCAAGGUUUUACCGGCUGUUAAGGCGCAAUGCUAGAAGGUAA